AUGAAAAACCUGUGCACGUGUAACGAGGGGUAUGUCGGAGAUGGAAAGACCUGCUAUGGAAACAUUAUGCAGAGGUUACGGGAGCUGAAUGCAGAGCCUGGCGGAAAGUGGACAGGACAACUGUCCAGUGCCAUCACACUCUUUGACUCAUCCUUGUCGUGGCCGCUGACUUCCCUGGGGCCCUUCACCAUCUUCAUCCCUACAAACAAAGGCUUCAAAGGAACAUCUCUUAAGACGCUUGUGUCUGAUCAGCUGAAUGCACGAUACCUCUCCAAGCUGCACAUGGUUGCGACUGAGCUGAGCUACGAAACGCUGAAGCGAGGCGACAUCUACUACACCCUGACCGGCAAGUCGGGAGAAUCGGUGAUGAACGAAGAGGACCAACAAGUGAAAAUCCGGAUCCAUGGGAGUAAGAAGAAAGCCAGCAUUUUGCAGGGCGAUAUUGUGGCUUCCAAUGGAGUGAUCCACAUCAUCAAUAAGCUAAUGGACAGCGUAGAGCCCACUGUGGAGAGUAACAAAGAGGAGAACCUACUGACGAUAGUUGCCAAUAAUGGAAAAUUCAACAAAUUCAGAUCAUUAUUACAGAAAUCAGCCAUUGCUAAUCUCUUGGAGGGACCUGGACCAAUCACCAUUUUUGCACCAACUAACUCAGCUUUGGAGAGCAUGAAAGAAGGAACCCUUGAGUACCUGCUUUCUCCUGAGGGUAAUAAUAAGCUUUUGGAACUAGUAAGAAAUCACAUCAUCCCAUCAGUUGAGCUGGAAGUUGUCAGUAUUGUGUCCUCUCCCCGUUCAGUCACCAUGGCCAGCCAGGUUUUGACAUUCAACGUCAGCAGCAAUGGACAAAUGCUUGUGAAUGGGGAGGUGAUCCUGGAGGCAGACGUUGAGGCGAAGAAUGGCCGACUCUACUCGGUGGACGGAGUUCUGAUUCCUCCCUCUAUUGAGCCUGUGUUGCCCCACAGGUGUGACAUCUCCGAGUCCAAGAUUGUCGCUGGACAAUGUGUCAGCUGUUUGAAGGUCACACGGACUUCCUGUGCCUCAGGGGAGGCUACAGGCACAUUCAAGCGAGGCUGUAUUUACACGUCCUCUGUAAUAGGAGUCAAAAUCCCAACCAUAGGUUGCGCCCAGUACUGCAAUCAAACCGUAACAAGGCCACUUUGCUGCAGUGGUUUCUACGGACGUGAAUGCAGCCCAUGUCCCGGUGGUUUCUCACAGCCCUGCUCUGCGCGUGGCCAGUGUGUCGAUGGCAUCAGUGGAAACGGGACCUGCGUGUGCCAGGAGAACUUCAAGGGCUCUCGCUGCCAGUACUGCACUGACCCCAGCAGAUACGGGCCCAACUGCGACAAAUCUUGCCCCUGUGUCCACGGCCAGUGCGACAAUCGUCCGGAUAGCGACGGCUCGUGCAAACAGGGCACCUGCCAGCCUGAGUACACAGGCAGGUUCUGCGAGAGACAGGCUCAGCCCUGUGGCCCGCGUGUGGACUACUGCCACGCACACGCAGCCUGCGACUUCAAUGGAGGCGCUGUCAGGUGUGUGUGCAAGCCAGGCUACCGGGGAGAUGGCAUCACCUGCGUGGAGGUGGACCCUUGUACCCAGCCGGAGAGAGGGGGCUGCAGCGUCAACGCCAAGUGUGUGAAGACGGGGCCUGGGGCCCACGUGUGCGAGUGUCUGGCAGGCUGGAGGGCUGAUGGCGAUGGGUGCCAGGAAAUCAAUCACUGCUUGGAGCCACGCAGGGGGGGCUGCCACCAGAACGCCAACUGCAUUCACAUCGGGCCAGGGCAGAGUGACUGCGAGUGCAAGAAGGGAUUUCGUGGGAACGGGAAGGAAUGUGUCGCGGUCAAUCCGUGUGUGGAGCAGAGUGGGCAGUGUCAUUACAUGGCGACCUGUCAGUACCUCUCACCUGGCUCCUGGAAGUGCGUCUGCCAGGAGGGAUAUGCGGGAGACGGGACUGUUUGUUACGGAAAUGUGGCGACGGAGCUGUCCACAAUACCUGAUGGGAGUGAAUUUAACAAGUGGGUGAACGAUUCAGGUCUUCACCAGAUGCUCUCAGAAGGUCCCAAUGUGACUUUGCUUGUGCCUUCCACACGUGCAGUGGAGAAGAUGGCCAAAGAAGACAAGGACUUUUGGCUGAUGCAGAAGAACUUACCAAGCUUUGUGAAGUUUCACAUAACGCAAGGCAUUAACCAGCUCAUAGAUCUGCGCAACACAACAUCCGGCCUGCUGCCCACUGCCCUGGGCAAGACAUCUCUUCGUGUGUCAAACAUCAAUGAGACAGUUAUAAUUAAUGGGGGCAUGAUCAUUUCUCCUAAUAUUGCGGCAACUAAUGGAAUUAUUCAUCUGAUUGAUAAGGUCUUAAUCCCUGAUCAGAAGAUGAGUGAGGGUCUUCCUGACCUGCUCACCCAGCUGAGCCAGAUGCCCGAGCACUCUGUUUUCAGAAGCUACCUUAUACAAUACAACCUGACGGAGGAAAUAGAAGCAGCUGCUGCAUACACAGUGUUUGCUCCGAGCAACGGUGCCAUCACUGCUUUCCUGAAGGAAAAUGGCUCUGCCACACUGGAAGAAAACACGAUCAGGUACCACAUUGUGUUGUCCGAGAAGCUUCUAGAGCCGGACCUGCGGAAGGGGAAGCAUCAGGAGACAAUGCUGGGAUUCUCCUACCAAGUGGGAUUCUUUAUGAGGAACAACCAACUGUUUGUCAACGACGCGCGGCUGAACUUCACUGAUGUGGAGACUUACCAAGGGGUGAUCCAUGGAGUGGAAAAGGUCCUGAAGAUCCAACAGAACCACUGUGGCAAAAAAUUGAAGGAUAUCGUCCAGGGAGAAUGUGGUUCUUGCUCAAAAGAAAAUCUCUGUCCUAAAGGAACAUCACCAGUGUUAGGAGUCCGGAACAACUGCCUUCACAGAUACUACAUCCUGGGCCAACGUUUCUUCAGCAUUGGAUGCAGGCCAGCGUGCGCCAACACAACCGUGAUCUGGGACUGCUGCGAGGGCUUCUUUGGGGCCCAGUGCGAGCCCUGUCCUGGACCGCCGGGCAAGCCCUGCUUCGGCAACGGGCUGUGUCUGGACCGGAUCAACGGCUCAGGGGAGUGCCAGUGCCGGCCGGGCUUCAACGGAACUGCCUGUGAAGACUGCCAGACCAGCAGAUACGGGGUCCACUGUGACCAAGAGUGCGCCUGUGCCCACGGUAUCUGCAGUGCUGGGGUCUCGGGCGACGGCGUGUGUGAGUGUGAGCUGGGGUGGAGAGGCGUGCUCUGCGACAGCGAAAUCACGCAGGAUUCAUGCAACGGUACCUGCCACACAAGCGCAAAUUGCCUCGUCCGGUCUGACGGCACAUCGCAUUGCAAGUGUGCAGCUGGCUUUAGAGGAAAUGGCACCUUCUGCUCUGCUGUAGAUGCCUGUGAAAUUAACAAUGGUGGCUGCUCCUCUAAUGCAAUCUGCAGGAGAACCACUCCAGGGAAGAGGCUGUGCACCUGCAACACAGGGUACUCUGGCGAUGGGGUGGUGUGUCUGGAAAUCAACCCUUGUUUAGAAGAUAAUGGAGGGUGUCAGGAAAAUGCAGAGUGCACCCACACUGGCCCGAACCAGUCAGCUUGUAACUGUAAAAGUGGCUAUUCUGGAAAUGGAAAGAUGUGUAAGUCCAUCAACCCCUGCCUCAAGAAAAAUGGAGGCUGCAGUGACUAUGCCACAUGCACCCACAUCGGACCAGGAGAGAGAAACUGCACCUGCAAAAGAGGAUACAUGGGGGACGGGCUGAAAUGCAAGGGCACCUUGAACAAGGAACUUAUUGUAAACACCAACACUAAGGAGUUUUAUUUAAAACUUCAGCUUGAGAGAAUCAAAGACUUGGAUCAGGAUGGUCCUUUUACUGUGUUCGCUCCCAACUCCGAUGCCUUCAGAAAGGAAGGGAAUCUGGCAAAGUGGUCUUCCAAAGGCUUGCUGUCCCAGAUUCUCCGUUAUCACCUGGUGUCCUGCCACGCUCUGCAGCCUGGGGAGCUGACAGCCGUGCAGAACGUCACCACCUUGCAGGGAGAGACCAUAACCAUCACCUCUUCCGAGGAUACAAUCUACCUGAACAAUAAGGUCAAGGUCGUGUCUAGUGACACCAUGAGCAUCAACGGCAUAAUUCAUGAAAUAGACACCAUCCUCGUGCCCAAGAACCUUCAGGUCAUCCCGAAAACCUACUUCGGCAUCAUUCCGGAAAACCUCACCUCUGUGGCUGAGCAGCAGGGUUACACCACCUUCAGUAAACUACUGGAAGACACUGAUGUCCUCAGCCUGGUGGCUGAUCCAAUCCACCAGCCCGUCACCCUGUUCUGGCCCACGGACCGCACCAUGGCUGCCCUGCCACAGGAGCAGAAGGACUUCCUCUACAGCUCCGACAACAGAGACAAGCUGCUCGAGUACCUGAAGUACCACAUCGUCAGGGAUGGGCAGAUUCUGGCUUCGGAUCUUCCUCAUUCGUCAGCGCUGGUGACCCUCCAGGGCUCUGAGCUGCAGGUCCGCUGCGGAGGAGCAGGCAGGAUAGGGGACCUCUUUCUCAACGACGGGAAGUGCAGGAUAGUGCAGCGGCAGCUCGUGUUCAACGGCGGGAUUGCUCACGGCAUCGACUGCCUCCUGAGCCCUCCGAGCUUCGGCGGCCGCUGUGACACCAUGGACACCAUUGACAUCCUGGGACGCUGUGGAAGGUGCUCCAGUAUACCACCCUGCCCCUAUAACAGCAAGCAGAGGGCAGUAAAGAAGUGUGACAUCUUGACGUCUUUCACCUUCCUGGACCCCGGCUGCCAGCACACCUGUUCCGUGGUCCUCUGGCGGCCCAAGUGCUGCCCCAGCUACUUUGGCCGUGACUGUCUAGCCUGCCCCGGGGGCGCUGGGGGGCCCUGCAGUCUCCACGGGAAGUGUGACGAUGGGCGCAGUGGAAGCGGAAACUGCACCUGUGAGCCAGGAUUCACGGGAACAGCCUGUGAGCUGUGUCUCCCUGGACACUAUGGCGCCAGCUGCCAAGUCUGCAACUGCACCGAACAUGGACAGUGUGAUGAGGGCGUCACAGGAAGUGGCACCUGCUUCUGUGCCGAGGGCUGGACUGGGACCACCUGUGAAACUCAGCUAGCUGUAGAGCCUGUCUGCUCCCCUACCUGCUCCCAGAAUGCUGUAUGCAAAGAGGGCAACAACUGUGAAUGCAAGCCUUUCUACGAGGGAGAUGGAAGAACUUGCACAGUUGUGAACCUAUGCCAGCAGCAGAAUGGGGGUUGUGCCCAAAUCUCAAAGUGCACGCAGAAAGGGGUGGAGGUGACCUGCACGUGCCCCAAGGGCCACUCCGGCGACGGCUACGACUGCAUCCCCGUCGACCCCUGCGUCGAGGAUGACAACGGGGGCUGCCACGAGCACGCUGUCUGCACCAUGACCGGGCCGGGCAAGAGGAGGUGUGAGUGCAAGAGCGGCUACAUUGGCGACGGGCUGGACUGCGAGGUGAAGGAGCUGCCGAUCAACCGCUGCACACAGAGCAACGGCUGGUGCCACCCUGACGCGCUCUGCGCCGACCUGCACUUCGAAGACAAAACGGUGGGGGUUUUCCACCUGCGCUCACCCAGGGGCCCCUACAAGCUGAACUACGCGGAGUCGCAGGAGAGCUGCCGAAAGCAGGAAGCGACUGUCGCCACCUACACCCAGCUCUCCUACGCACAGCAGGCUGGGUUCCACAUCUGUGCGGCGGGCUGGCUGGCUGGCAAGCGGGUAGCGUACCCCACCGUCUACGCAAACCCCAAAUGUGGGUUUGGGCAUGUGGGCAUUGUGGACUAUGGCAUCCGUGUGAACCUGAGUGAGACCUGGGAUACAUUCUGCUACAGGAUAAAGGAUGUGAAGUGCACCUGUAAGCCAGGCUACAUUGGCGAUGGCAGCUCCUGCAGUGGGAAUCUUCUCCAAGUACUCCAACUGAAACCCACCUUCUCCAACUUCCUCAGUCAAAUCCUUAACUAUUCUAGUAACUCACACCAUGGAAAGGACUUUUUAAAUCAUUUGAGAAAUCUGACAGUCCACUCCACUCUCUUUGUGCCUGACAACAGUGCCCUGCUGGACAAUGAGACUCUGUCCGGACGUGACAUUGAGAACCACCUGUCGCCAGGCAGGACACUGAACUUCCAGGAUCUGACCAAUGGUAGCAGAGUCCUUACAAGGCUGGGGCACAGUCUCCUCAUCUCAGGGUUUGGAGAUUUGAGUAACGGCAGUGUUGGGACAGCUUCUCGCUAUGUUGAUGGCCGGUUCAUUGUGGAUUGGAACAUCCGGGCGUCCAAUGGGAUCAUUCAUGUCAUCGAGAGUCCCCUGCGCGCUCCUCCACUAGAGACAAUGGACUCUGACAAACACCAGGUGGUGAACAGUGGCCCCUACGACCUGUUCCAGGACAGCUGA